GGAAUAGAUACCUCAUCAAUUUUACGUGUUAUCCUUCAUCUAGCCUCAGCAUUAAUCACUUGAUAGUCCCAAAAUAUAUGACCAGUGUUUUGAAGUCCUGUUACCCCUCAUGGAGGAGCAUAGACAGCCCACCAGUAUUCUCCAUCUAACUUUGUCCUGGGCAAUCCUUUCCAGUUGCUGUUCGUCCUUUCGAUAUGUGCUUCCAAUUCUCGAUACAGUGUGUUCUUUAGUCUUCCUCUUUUGCGCUUCCCUUGAAGAUUCCAAGUUAGUGCUUGCCUUGGAAUGCAGUUUGGUGAUUUCCGCAAUAUGUGUCCUAUUCGCUUCCAAAGUCUUUUCCUAAUUUCCUCUUCACCUGGAAGUUGGUUCUUUCUCUUCCACAGUAGUUUGUUGUUGAUAGUAUCCGGCCAACGGACAUUGAGUAUAUUGUGUAAACAACUGUUUGUAAAUACUUUUACUUUUUUGAUGGUGGUUGUGGUAGUCCUCCAAGUUUCAUCUCCAUACAGUAGAACUGUCUUGGCCUUCGUAUUGAUGAUUCUGUCUUUGACAUUGUUUGAAAUUUGUUUUGAAUUAUAUAUGUCUUUCAACUGUAGAAAUGCUGUCCUUGCUUUGCCAAUCCUUGCCUUUACGUCUGCUCCGGGUCAUCCACGUUCAUUGAUGAUGCUUCAUAGGUACGUGAAUGAUUCCACAUCUUCCAGUUUCUCCAUCAAGUGUGAUCGGGUUGGUGUUCUCCGUGUUGUAUUUGAGGAUCCAGCUUUUUCCCUUGUGUAUGUUGAGGCUUACUGCUGCACAGGCUGCUGCUAUAAUGGCUGCCUUAACCUGAAUUUUUUGGUCAGUCGGCACUAGCGCGUAGUUGGAGAAGAAUUUAGAAUAUUUUUAUUGGAAUUCUUACUCCCAUUCAACCUUGUUUAUUUGCCAUAUAAUUCCAUUCCUACUCAACCGUGUUCUGAUCUGGGGACUUGUCAAGUGAAGUAGUGUCCGAAGAAUACUAAGCCAUAAGAGUGAUCAUAACACUGGUAAGUUAGGAAGGUUGUCUGUUGUUGUUUAUCAUGUCUGCCUUUUUCAUUCCGUUUUCUUUCGCUUUCAACGACCAAUCACGACCAUUGGAUAGACCUUUUGUCAUUCUGUUUCUAAGUAGUUUUAGAUCCUCAUCGUUUUCUGAGUCUGAUGCGAGGAGUUUUCGAGCAUUUAUCAAUUGAACAAAUGCUACAGAAAUACACUGAUUUUUCCCAACCUUUUGGUUCAAGUCACUUGAAGAUAUCACUUCUGUUUUUCACAGCUAAUUGGAUUUAAUUUGAGCCUACAACACCUUGCUGAUUGACUUACUACUUCUUUAGUUGUUUCGGAGAUAUUUUUAAAACUUUUCCACUGUUAAGCGGAACCCCAAUUGGUCUUCCUUUUGGGGGGUUUCUGCUUCUAGGGAGGUGCAAAUAAACACUUGCCACACAUUAGAGCAUGAUCAGAAUCUUAAAAUGCGCUUCAGAAUGAAUGGGAUUGUUCUGUUGAGAUUUUGCAACUAUGCUUGAUGACAGUGCAGCUUAUUCAAUUCCAUCAUCGAGUCGGUUGUAGAGGUCACCAUUUCAAAUAGUGUCUGUUUUUAUACUUAACAUUGGCACUUGGUAAGAAUAAACAUUUGGAUGAGCGAAUUUUCAGCAGAUGAUUCUCAGUUUCUGUGCGUUUAGCUAGAUUACUGUAAGACCCAUUUAAUUGUCUCGUUGGCUUAGACUAUCUAUUCAAGUAUUAAAAUCAUGUGGUAAUAUUAUGAUAUAUGAGCGAUUGACUUUUUGAUCGAGAAUUGAAAGCUCUCUAUAACACUCAUCCUUUACUUCAUCGGAUUUGCAGUCAGUGGGAGCGUAGGCGUAGAUGGCGGCGAAGCAAUGGCGUGUAUCUCUAUAUCUCCUUUCCCUUGCGUUCUCGCACACAGGCGACUGGCUAUCGGAAUCAAGUUUACGAGAGCCUGUUCUGCUUUCAGCGAGGCCAUAAAAGGUGGUAGUCAAGUCUCCUGAUGCGCGAAGGAUAAAUCGCACCAGAUUUCUUUAUUGAGUAGGUGAGGUCAAGUUAAUUACUAAGCUCUGAUCUUGUUUGUGUAUUUUGGAAAAAUAGCAUAUAUCGAUAGCACAAAACUAGUGUUAUGAUUACUCUUAUUACCACCCAGCUACUCCUAUUGCUUAGUAUUCUUGGACAUUACUUCACUCGACAAGUCCCCAAAUCAGAACACAGUUGAACAGGAACGAAAUUAUAUUCCAAAUAACAUUGGUAAACGUAAUUAGGAAACACAAUAAGAAAAGUGUUAGUAUAUUUAUAUUUUGACAUAAGAAGAUUCUAGAUUCUAUUUCAAGUAUCGACUAUCGCUGAUUGGAUAAGAAAUAGUCAAUCAGCCUGUUCCAACGUAAUCAUGCACGGAACGUGCUUUAAUACAAUCUAUAUUCCGCUAACAUCGAUUUUCAUCUGAAGUCUAUUGCCCAAAUUGACAUGAGAAACAAACAAUGAAAACUUCAACAUAUAGUUUCGAGCUCUGUUUUCGAAGACCAGGAAUACAUUUCCGUGAACUCGAAUUUUUAUUAUUGGUGGCACGUGUAGAUAACGAUAGAGUUAUAGAACAAGAGUUAGUAUUGGGGAUAGAAAAAGUAUUAUGAAGUGACAAAGAGGUCCGCUCAUGGACAACAGAGUAUCGAGUAUGGGGGCGCUUAUGACUUUCCUGUUGCCCACAUCGUGGAAGGAUAUUUCUUGAUGGAUCCGAAUGGGAAACUAGGUUAGUAGAGAAAUCUUAGAUAACUGAGAGCGUGACCGCAAAGCCCAAGGGAUAACAGCUUAAGGCCGGUUACAUAAGGUACUUUUUUCGAUAAGUCUUUGAUGUAAUUAAGGUCCGUUCCUCUUCUCACUGAAAUACCUGUUUGUUCAAUUUUUUUUUCGAUACAGUACAGAAGUAACAAAAUAUAUGAGUUCAUUUAAUAUUAAAUUACAAUUGGUCCAUUGUAAGCAACAACUCACUCUUAUAUUUGAACGUUUGGGUCGUUAUCCUUUACUUUUAAAAGAAAUGGAACGCUAUUUAGAGGAGCCACAUGUUGAUCGACCCGACAUUCUUCGUGCAAUGAAUGUUUAUAGUGAAAUAACAGAAAGGUGUGCAAUCCUUAGAAAAUUUAAAGAGUAUGAUAUCAAUGUAUUGCUGUCAGUAAUAAAUGGAUGGCGAGGACCGCCUAUACAACAACUUGGUGACCCAAUUCUCACUCUACGUGUUCUCCUAGUUAACAUACAAGUAAACCAAUCAAUGAUAACCCUACCGGAUUUCAUCCAUAUAAAUGAUAUAUUAACAAGAAAAACACAAUUAUCAUUAUUGGUUAUAUUUCCUACCUGUGUACUCCUGUUGGCUAGAACAAACCAAACUAAUGUUUACGAUUAUACUGUCAAAAUACCAUUGAACAAUUUGGCUGUGAUUAGAUCAACCGAAAGUGAAACAGAUUUAGAUUUAUUGAUUAAAGAUCUUAAUUCCAUGAAUAUGGAUGUUAUUCCUUGUCACAUAACACUUGCAUGUACAGAUCAAAAUGCUAGAGAUCUUUUGGUAUCUACAUUAACUGACCUAAUACAAUAUCAGACCCAGAAUGAACAACAGUCACCAGAUAUUGAUCAAUGUCAUACAAAAAACGAGAGUAUUUCUUUGGAUUUCUUCAGUCAACCUGAUUCGAAUAGUUUGGACAAACAUGGAAAUACAUCUCUAAGUUCUUUACCUUUACGAAAGGACACACUAGAUAAUGAAAAAUUAAAAUCAUCAAAAAUAACAAGAGAUGAAAAUAAUCAGAUUGAUCAGCAUCAAUCAACACUGGUGAUGUCGACAUUGUCAAUGAAAGAUCCUCAAAGUUUCAAGUUUCCUCCUGACUCCACUGACAAUUUGGCUGUUCAACACACUUACACAAAAGAUAUUUCUAAAAUAUCCUUUGUCAAUAAUGAUAAUGCUGUAAAAAUCACAGAUAUUUAUAAUUUCAUCAGCAAUUCGACUAACAAUAAUGAUGAUAAUAAACGUCGCUUCUCUUCAUCAUUGAAAAAAAGUAAAGCUCUUAGACCAUUAACUGAACCAUCGAAUAUAUGUGCUGAAGAACUAAACAAUGAAAGUCAACAUCAUCAAUCAUCCGUUAUUGACCCUCAAUCAAAACAAAUCUUCACACCAGUGGAUAACACCUGCACAGUGGUUCUAACUUCAGAUGUAUUAACAUCAUCUUCAGGCUUACGUUUUUUACCGCAUAGAAUUACUACUAAUGCCCAUGUUCUCUGGUUUGAUAUUGAUAAAUCGAUAGUUGGUACACGACAGUCAUAUUCAACAUCGAUUGAUUUGCCUGGUAUUAUUCCUUAUAAAAAUAAUGAACAAUUAUCAUCUGAUAAUGACUUAAUUCAUGCAAUUCAUUGUCUUCGUGUCGAUGGUCCAUUAGAUUUUAAUAGAGACGAUAGAAUCGGUUCAGUUAAUGCAUUAAAUAAUUUGGGAUUGCUUAUUGAUCAGAAUAUUCCUGGUCUGUUGCUAGAUUUUUCUAUUUCGCACAAAAAUCAACACAACCGUGUGAGAGCUCAAAGUCCUAAGGUUACCGAUUCAAAUCGUCAGAAAAGUGCUAUCACUGCAGAAGAUGUAUUACGUUCAACUGGAAAAAUCCAUGAAAAUGAACUUCGAACGGCGGAUGAUACAAAAAUUUUACAAGUUAUUGAAGCAUAUUGCGCUAGUUCAUGGACACAUCCUAGUUAUCGAACAUUGGACUCUGUAAAAAAUGAAUGUCAAAUAGGUGGUCAAGGUAUUCUAUCGCCAGUUGAAAGCCGAACAUUAUUACAACAUUUCCGAUAUCCUAAAAAGCCGUCUACAUCAUUUCUAUCCACAUCAUCUUCGGGUAUGCAUUCAAGACAAGAACAAGGCUCACAUAUAACAGAUGCUUCCAUAUUUGAAUUGUCUCGACAAAGCUUACCUCUUUCUAUGUUUAGUUCGAAAGCAUCAUUGAAACGAUCUGAAUCAAAGAAUAAAUCACAAACGUGCUUAUCACAAGAUGGUACGGUUUGUUUGAAUCAGAAUAUGGCAGCUAAUGUGAUCAGUUCAAACAGUAAGAUUAUCUCCAGUGUUGCAACUAAUUCUAGUUGUACUAACUGUACUCCAUGCAAUUCUAAUCAAUCUUCCAGUUAUACGCAUAACAUACAAUGUGAAUCAAUUUUAAAAACAUUUUCACCACCUCCAGUAAUUCUACCAACACACAGUGGUCGACGUUAACUUAAUGAAUUAUCCAUGUUUAUUUUGUGAUCUAUAUUUGUUUACUUCAAUUUCAUCUCUAUCAUUACGGCUCAUUUCAUUAUUUUUAAAUUAAGGCAUUUAGUUAUUUACUUGUUUUGUUAUCGGAUUUAGUAUUUGUCAUUUGUUUAUUAUUAUCAUCAUUUAUUUACUUUUUCUUCUUUUAACACCUAAGCGAUAAUAUUCUCAAUAUCCUUAUAAUUUUCAUCAUUGUUUUUUAUUAAUGAUAAAUAUUUGUCUUUUUGUUCAAGUUAUUGAAUUUGUUUUAUUGUGUAUUCACUAUUCAAUUUAGCUGUUGAUGGUAUUGUUACUACAACAACAACUACUACUACUACUAGUACUAUUACUACUACUGCUACUACUACCACUACUAUUACUCCUAGUGAUAUUAUUAUUAUUAUUAUCACUAUUAUCUUUAUUAUUACCUAUACUGGUGACAUUAUUCUAUUAAUAAAGAUUGAAAUCAGUU